AUGAUGGAUGAAUCAACGCAGCAAAUUCGCAUUAAUGGCAUGACAUGUGGGAGUUGUGUGCGCAACAUCGAAAGCACAUUAAACAAAGUACCAGCCAUCAAAUCAAUUCACGUUUCGUUAGAAAAUAAAUUAGGAACUGUUGUUUACAAUCCGAAUGAAAUUCAUAUAAAUCAGAUCAUAGAACGUAUUAAUACAAUGGGCUUCAAUGCUGAGCUUGAUGCGACGGCGUCGACCGACAAUCUGGAUGUCGAACUCGGUGGAAUAUCCGAUGAAAAUAUUCCCACCGCUACUCAACGUAUUUCGGCGAUUCCCGGAAUUUCCAAUGUAGUUUUCCCUGUAAAAAACGAUAGCUCUCGUGUUCUUCUCACCUAUGACAAAAAUCAAACGGAUCCUUAUACAAUCUAUCAAAAAUUACAGUCAAUCGGCUAUAAAGUCAAUCCAAAACUUGAAAACAUCGUCCGAGCUUACCUACGCGUGCAGGGUAUGCACUGUAAUUCUUGUGUGAUGAACAUUACACAAACCGUGGAAGAUUUACCCGGCAUACAUCAUAUUAAAGUUACAUUUGAUGAUCAAUCAGCAAAUAUUCUUUAUGAUCCGAAUAUAAUUCCUCUCUCGAUGGUUGUCAAAGAAAUUGAAUCGCUCGAUUUUCAAGUUGCAGUGGUCACGGCAAAUGAUACAGAUAUAUCAAAAGAAAAUGAUGUCAGUUCAAAUACACCAAUUUUAACAGGUGAAAAUACUAAACAAUCAAAACCUCGACAGGCGAUUGCUAAACGAUCACCAGUCGUCGAUGAUACUGAGACGUGUUCGAUAAGUAUUAUCGGAAUGACUUGCGCCAGUUGUGUUGAUUCGAUCGAACGAAAUCUUUCCAAAGUUGAAGGAAUUUAUGGUGUGCGUGUUGCGCUUUUGUCAAAUAAAGCUGAAGUUGAAUAUAAUCCAGAAUAUAUCAUUCCGUCUCAAAUUGCUCAUUUAAUCAAUGAACUCGGUUUUCGUGCUGAAGUACUGGAAAAAGUAGAAAGUGGUGUCGAUAUCAUCGAUCUGAGUAUUGAGAAUAUGACAUGCGCAUCAUGUGUUCGGAAAAUCGAAACGUCUAUUGCAAAACUGCCCGGAGUGCAUAGCGCUGAAGUCGCUCUGUUGACUCACCGUGGUAGAUUCAAAUACGAUUCUUCAAAGAUCGGCCCAAGAGAUAUUAUCCGUGAACUUGAUGCUAUUGGUUUUCCUGCUUCAUUAGUCAGUGAAGAUUCGAAAGCAUCCAGCUUGGCAAAAAUUCAUCGACGCGAAACUCGACGUUGGCGAAAUUCAUUCCUUCUGUCGGCUAUUUUUGGUGUUCCAGCCAUGAUCAUUAUGAUGGCAUUCAUGUACAAAUGGAAAAAUCACGAAGAAGCUCCUCAAGUCAUGCGCGGCCUAUCGCUCGAGAAUCUCAUUAUGUUUCUUUUGUCUACGCCAGUUCAAUGGAUCAGUGGUCGUUAUUUUUACAUUCAAGCAUUUAAAGCAAUCAAGCAUGGCUCUGCAAACAUGGAUGUCUUGAUCGUUAUGGCUACUACGACAGCAUAUGUUUAUUCCUGUAUUGUGGUUCUGUUUAAUAUUUAUCAAAAUCUUCCUAGUCCUAUAACGUUUUUCGAUGUUCCACCCAUGCUGAUGAUGUUCGUUGCACUUGGACGAUGGCUCGAGCAUAUUGCGAAGGGUAAAACAUCAGAUGCUCUAACAAAAUUGUUGUCAUUACAACCGCCACAAGGAACAUUAGUUCAGUUAGAUGAACAAACCGGCGAAAUUCUUUCCGAAAAAACGAUUCUAGCUAAAUUGAUUCAACGUAAUGACAUCUUGAAAGUUCUACCAGGAGGAACUAUUCCAACCGAUGGCCGAGUUAUCGAAGGUACAUCAACGUGCGAUGAAUCAUUGUUAACAGGUGAAUCAAUGCCAGUCGAAAAAACCGUCGGCUCACAAGUUGUCGGUGGCACGAAGAAUUUAAAUGGAAUGUUAUUAGUUCGUGCUACACAUGUCGGUCAUGAUACAGCGCUGAAACAAAUUAUUAAAUUGGUCGAAGAAGCACAAACAUCGAAAGCACCCAUUCAAGCACUAGCAGAUACAAUUGCUGGUUAUUUCGUACCUGUUGUUGUUAGUGUGUCUUGUGUAACAUUGGUUUCCUGGCUUAUUAUCGGUUAUACACACUAUGAUAAAAUACUAAAAUAUUCUAUGUAUCAUCAUGGUAUGAUGGGAGAAGGUUCGACGAUGCAUCACCAACCAGGAAAAGAGCCAAGCAAGAUGGAAGUCGUACUCGAACUUGCUUUUCGCUUUGCAAUCACCGUACUCUCGAUUGCUUGUCCAUGUGCACUUGGUCUCGCAACCCCAACAGCAGUUAUGGUUGGUACUGGUGUUGGUGCUUCACAAGGAAUUCUCGUGAAAGGCGGCGAACCUUUAGAAGCUGCCCAAAAGAUCCGUACAAUUGUAUUUGAUAAGACAGGCACAAUUACACAAGGCAAACCAACAGUUGUCGACACACGUGUAUUUUUUGCAAAUGAUCCACAGUGGACAUUGAAGCGAUUGUUAGCGCUCGCUGGCACAGCUGAAAGCGGCUCUGAACAUCCUUUAGGCAUGGCGAUACGAAAGCACUGUAAGGAUUACUUUGGUAGUGACCAACUUGGUCACUGUGAAGACUUCAACGCUGUCUGGGGUUAUGGUUUGACUGCCAAAGUUAGCAAAAUUGAAUAUCUCAUGACCAAAGGCAAGACCGCAGAUGAUGCUGGAUUGUUUCACGACAGAAUCUACUCAGUUCUAAUCGGCAAUCGUGAAUGGAUGGAAAGAAACAGUAUACAAGUUACACAUGAAAUUGAUUCAGCAAUGGGUAAACAUGAACAUGAUGGACAUACGGCUGUCUUGGUUGCUGCCAAUGGUAUUAUUAUUGGUAUGAUCGCUAUUGCUGACCGUAUAAAACCAACUGCACCUUUGACGAUUUUUGCAUUACAAUCGAUGGGUCUCAAUGUUCUACUUGUAACCGGUGACAACGUCAAAACUGCUCGAGCGAUAGCUGCGCAAGUUGGUAUUAAGAAUGUUUAUGCUGAAGUGUUACCAACUCAGAAAGAACGUUUCAUUGCUACAUUGAAAGAAAACAGUCGUAAAGGUGAAAAAGUCGCUAUGGUUGGCGAUGGUGUCAAUGACUCACCAGCGUUAGCGCGUGCUGAUGUUGGUAUCGCUGUUGGCACAGGUGCUGAUGUUGCUGUCGAAGCGGCGAACGUUGUUCUAAUUCGUGAUGCACUUGAAGAUGUUCUCGGUGCCAUACUCUUAUCGAAAAAAACGGUUCGAAGGAUCCACUUAAACUUUAUAUUUGCUACGAUCUACAAUCUAUUCGGUAUACCAAUUGCUGCUGGAGUUUUUCUUCCAUUUAACAUCUCUCUUAUGCCCUGGAUGGCAUCAGCUGCAAUGGCAUUAUCAUCAGUCACUGUUGUCAUGUCAUCGUUGCUCUUACGGAACUAUCGUAAGCCAGAUAUUCAAACAUAUGAUAACCAUGAAUUUAUUCUUUGGUCGAUGAAUAAAGGAAAAAAUAUUAAUGUUCAUCGAGGAAUCGAUAAUUUAGAACGAACGCCCAACGGUUCGUUAAUAUCAAGUUUACGUGGUAGCCGUUUAGCUCAGAUAUUUUCUGGCGCAGUUUCCGCUGUUAAACAACAAGCAUCGACUUCUUUGUAUGAUAAACAAAAAGCAGCUCUUCUACUCAAUACGAAUUCUCUCGAUGAUGAUAUGGAAAUGCACGCUGUCCUAUAA